GAUAAAGUUAACACGACCUCUCUCCAGUUUGGGACAAUAUCCUGAACUUAUGGGCUAUGGCUUUUGACCUGUGCACCAUUUUAAAGGGACAGUAAGCCUUGCUUCAGCUGCCACAGGAAGCUUUUACUCUACUGUGAACACAGGAAAAUGAAAAAGCUGUGUAAAUAAUGCACAAAUAUUUCCCAGGAUGUUUAUCUGAUUGGUAAUGAAAAUUCUAAAAGGCUAUGUGUAGCCUCUCUGUAUUAUACUAUAUUAUAGGACCAACACUAAAGGUGAAUGUGAGGAAAUAGUAAUACUGGCUGAAUGCGUUCUUUAAAAUCAGCAGUAGUAGCAACUCAUUCAUCAUUUAUCUCCAACCAUAGCACAUUGUCUAUUUGAAUCAAUAAAUAUGUGAUAACUGUUUUUUAAUUUUACUUACUUAAAACCAUUGAAGUUUGGCCUUGGAAAAAAAUCAUCAGUAUCUGAGGAAAAAACUUACAUAAUCGACUUCUGUCAAUGACCGCAAAUGCCACAAAUCUAGAUCUCUCAUUUGGAGUCUCAAACAGCAGGUGAAUUUGAUUAGCUCCUAUAAGCUAAGCUAGUUAUUACAAGUGGUUGUGGAGAAAACAGCCUUAUGGUGGCCUGUGCCAUCUGAUCUUGAACUUUUCCAUUUCUUCCUUUACGGUUUCUAUUCUACUUCAUUAAGACAACAACUGUAUGAUGAAUGUUUAAAAUGGAAAUUUCCUUUAAUUGAUAUUCAAGAUCUCCUUUAGAUUAGAACUUUAUUUUCUAGAGAGAACAUGUAGCCAAUAUUAAUGAUGAUCUUGUUCCAUUGAUAUGUAUCCACAGAUUAAAGACGACUGAUCUUCCUUUUUCUGUUAAGGAAGUGCUUCCUGUCACUCAUUUUCUCCAUAACCUCAGAUAAGUCUUCACUGGUUUAAUGACAAUAGGCAUCCUCAUCUUACCGUGACAAGUACAGGAAAAAAAAGAAACCUAAAAUCUUUUACAUAAAAGAAGUUUCAUAAUCACAGGCUAUCACAAAGGGGAAAGUAUAUAGUUACCAUUGAUAGUUUUAACAUAAAUUUCCUGACUUAAUUUGAUUAAAAUCUCAAAGACUGCAACAAUGUAAAUUUCUUUAAAGUUUAAUUGCUCAUUUCACUUUGAGAGCAGGAAAAACCUCAAGCUGGGGCAAAAAGGUAGUAGAGCGGAAGGAGAAGUUAAGGACUGAGCUGCUUUGCAGAUCAGUGUUUGAAAGUGAACAGCCAACCUAACAAGAAGCAAAAACCACAGAACAGAGUACCACAUUGUCUUUCUGUUCACUUUGUUUCACAAAAUCAUCCAGGCUCUUCCUACAUUUCUCUCUUACCACCUUUCUCUCUCUCUCUCUUUUUUUUUUUUUUUUUUUUUUUUUUAAUUUCACAGAUGCCACUGGGGUAGGUAAACUGACCCAACUCUGCAGAACUCAGAGGACGAAGAGAAGACUUCUACUUGAGCAGUUUUUCCAUCCCUGCUAUGUGCCGGAAAUGAAGACAUUGCCUGCCAUGCUCGGAAUUGGGAAAUUAUUUUGGGUCUUCUUCCUAAUCCCAUAUCUGGACAUCUGGAGAAUCCAUGGGAAAGAAUCAUGUGAUGUACAGCUUUACAUAAAGAGACAAUCUGUAUACUCUGUCUUAGCAGGAAAACCCUUUAACCUACAAUGCCCUGUGAAAUACUGUGCUCACAGGCCUCAUGUGACUUGGUGCAAGCUCAAUGGAACAAAAUGUUUACCACUUGAAGAUGGACUUCAACGACACACAAGUUGGAAAGAAGAGAAGAACAUUUCAUAUUUUAUUCUACAUUUUGAACAAGUGCUUCCUAGUGACAGUGGGUCAUACCGCUGUUCUGCACAUUUUUCACUUCAACUCAUUGAAAGCCACUCAACAACUGUUUAUGUGAGAGCAUUUACUAACACUCCAGAUGUAAACAGUACCUCGGAACGACCCUCCAAGGAUGAAAUGGCCAACAGACCAUGGCUCCUGUAUAGUUUACUUCCUUUGGGGGCAUUGCCUCUACUCAUCAUUACCUGUUGCUUCCUGUUCUGCUGCCUGAGAAGGCACCAAGGAAAGCAAAAUGAACUUUCUGACACAGCAGGAAAGGAAAUUAUCCUGGUUGAUGUUCCCUUUAAAAGUGAGAAAACAGAAGCAAGCACCAGGCAAAAUUCCCAAGUACUGCUAUCAGAAAGUGAAAUUUAUGAUAAUGACCCUGAACUUUGUUUCAGGAUGCAGGAAGGGUCUGAAGUUUAUUCUAAUUCACUCCUGGAAGAAAACAAACCGUGUAUUGUUUAUGCUUCCCUGAACCAUUCCAUCAUUGGAGUGAACUCAAGACACACAAGACCUGUGAAAGAAGCACCAACAGAAUAUGCAUCCAUAUGUGUGAGGAGUUAAGUCUAUUUCUGACUCCAACGGGGGGUAUUGAAUGAUCAGCGUGUCAACAUCAUCGUCUGGGACCAAUAGGAUGUCAAAUAAUAUUUCUCAAUUUGAGAAUUUUUACUUUAAAAAUGUUCAUGUUAGUGCUUGGGCUUUAAGGGUCCAUUGGAUGAAUAAAUUUCUCCCAGAAACUUAUUUGGGAGCUUUUUAUAUUAUAAACUUGAACAAGAAAAUCUCUCCAAAACUGACUUAUAUCAUGAGUAGCAGAAUAGUAGAACAUUUAAACUCAGCUCCAUUUCACCCAAUAUACAAACUCAAUCUUGCUUUUGAAGCUCUUGGAAAGACUUGUAGGGAAAAGAGGUUUGUGUUAUCUGGAUCGGUUUACUACACACUCUUGAAAACAAAAUGUCUCAAUUUGACUAACCAACCAUAAAUACAGUAAUGAUUUUACAUUUCAAGUCAAUCUUUCAUGAUAAGAAAUUUUUCCUCUGUCAAUCUAAGAAUGGUGUUUCUUAAAUGCAAAGGAGAAAUCAUUUUAGACUUGAUGUAAGAAAAUGAAAAGAAUAAAUAGUGCAAUAAAAAUAUAGAAUAUACCAAUUAGAUGUAGAGUAGAUGUUCUCCAUACUUGGCAAGCAAAUGCUUAUAUCUACUCUCUUAGAUUGAUAGACAAAUAUAGGUAUUAAUGGAGCAGUCAACGUAUAGUACAUUUAUGAAUAAAAUAGUGACUCACUGUUUGGGUCACAUAGACUGAUGGAUAAGAAUAUGACAUAAUGCUGCUGAAUUAAUAGACUUAUGGGCAUCCGAAUAGCUUAGAAGUUAGUCAGAAUAGGUAUUAUUGGGCAAGUGAAGAUUGAUAGCUUAAACUGCUUCAUGCUUAACUUGAUAGCAAGUUAAAGUGCAAUUAACGGAAUGGUGGAAAACCCAGAAUAUUUAAUUGGUCAGCAGGGGUCAAUACGCUUUCAUUCACCACAUCUGCAUCUUGCUGUUAUUCUUACUAAGGAAUCAGGGCAAAUUAUCUGUAGUGACAUAUUUUAGUUUGCUAAUCAUUUAUUUUAAAAUACUGAGGUUGCAGCCACUUAAGAGCACAGCAAAAGAUGGAUUCAGAUAUUUGGAAUUUCCAAAGUACUUGAGUUAAAUUAUUUCAAAAGUACCCUAUAACUUUAUUCAACAGUUUGAGGUGAUUAGAAUUCUCAGGUGCUGCUACUGAAUAAUGUAAUAGUCUUCAUACAAAGUGGAUAGCAAAGGUUAAAAUCCAUUUGAACAAAUAUGUGAGCUGAGCUGCUGUACAAAUGAAUGUGACCUGUGUGUGUGUGUGUGUGCGAGCGUGCGCAUGUGUGUGUGGUGUGUAUUUUAGGUGGGGUGGGUGACAACAGAAAUGGUGCAUGAUCAAAUUGAUAUUACAUUUUCAGUUUGCUUUUGAAGCUCAAAAUACUAGAUUAAAUGGGUCAUUAAAGAAAAUAAUGUGUGAAAUUAUGGAGUUGAGAGUAUAAGUGGGGUAAACAUAUACAAAGACAAAACUGAGGUUUUGUGGUGGAGAGAGUUUCUUAUAUAACACUGGCAUUACAUUUUAGCUCCUUAGAUUUGGGAGUGCAGAUAUUCUUUUGAGUCACUGUUAUUUAGCCAAUUACACCUAGAAUUUUAAGCAACCAAUUCUAGAUAGGCUCUUUUAGCCAGGCUGCAUUUGUGGACGACUUAUGUAAGAAAGACAUCUAGCUGCUUGUGGUAUUCUUAAAAAUAGAAACAGGAAAUAUGGGGAGGAUACAUUUAGCUGUCCUCUUAUCAGAUGAACACACAAAGCUGAACAGUUCCCUUAUGAUUCUCUCAAACUUAAAAGCAAAAUAUUUCUGUCUUAUUUAGAAUAUUCUUCGUAUGUCUUACAGUAAAGAUAAUGCUGAUAAUGAUUUCAUCUCUAUGAUUUAUUAAUAUAUUUGUACUGUUUGCCAACAUCACACAUCAUUCAUGUUUUUAUUCCUUUUCAAAAUGGUGUCAGAGAUAUAUAUGUAUUUUCCCAAAUGAAUCUAUUUCACUAUUAUUUAGGCUUAUUUCCUUAAUUUAUAAUGGUUUGAGCAAAAGAAUAUGUAAUUUAAUGGUUUUUCACAAAUUUUAAGCUUGUUGAUUGUUCUCAAUAAGAAGGUAAAGUUAUUAAAACUUAUUUGAAAUCAA